UGAGACGUGUUUUAAAGGAUAUUUGACUUAAGACAACCAAGACGGUGCUCUAAAGCAUAUUUUGACUUAAGGAACUGAAAGAACUGAAAGAACGAAUCAAACGAACGAUUUGUGAAGGUGAAGGGAACUGAAAGAACUGAUUCCCGGAAUAGAAUCAUUUGGCCCAUGCCUAGGGCCUACCUGUAAUGGUGUUGGUGUUGAAGUAGAACGUUCACGUUAUGGUCAUGUCACGUGGAGUGGCGGGAAUCGUGAUGGGAGUGAUUUAGCAAGCUGUCUGGUUUAUUUAUUAGAUGCUAAUUCAUUUAUUGUGACUGAUAACAUUAACUUCAUGCUCACUCAGUAUUUCAGGUUGUUACUCGCUGUGGAAGUGGAGUAAAGUAGAAGGAUUGCGGGUGAACUUUUCAUUUUGCAUGUUGUUCAUAUCAGAGAUUCUUGGCAGCUCAAGAUUAAUACACGAGCUUUAGCUAACUCAUCGGAAACAACAGGAAGCCUGAGAUUGAAGUUAGCAGAUGACAAACGUUGACUCAGCCUGUUGUUUCUCAACCCGUAAAGUUGGUGUCAUGGAUAAUUCAACAAAUAAGGAACCCAGAAACAGGUUGUCUAAACUUUUACUGCCAGAAACCAGUAAGUUCACUCUUUACUAUUACCGCAGUAAAGAUGAAAUCCUUAAGGAGCAAAAAAAAACUGAAGACUUAAACUACUUCAUCAUUCACCCCUACAGUUUGUUCAGGAGGUACUGGUUGUGGAUAAUGAUUCUGAUGAGCAGUACCAAUAUAGUUUUCGUCCCCAUGGUGGCCAGUUUCUUUGGGAAGCAAAUCUACAUUGGCUGGACUGUCUAUAAUGUCUUUGUAGACAUAUCAUUCAUUGUUGAUCUGUGCCUAACUUUUCGAAUGGGCUACCAUCAUGGAAGCAUGGAGGCUAUUCUGGACCUUCGCAAGAUAAGAAACCAUUACCUGAAGACCUGGUUCAUUCCUGAUCUGUUGGCUGCAGCACCAGUUGACUACUGUGUGUUGAUUCUUUCGACAACUUUAGGUGGGGUUGACCCAGAUGAGUCUAGGCAUCUCUUGAAGAUCACAAAUGUCUUCAGCCUCCUGCGGCUCCUGAGGGUCUUCAGGCUGGUGCGCUAUGUAAACAACUGCUUGGAGAGGCUUAGUGUUAGUAUGAAAUCCUUCUUGGAGGUGAUAUACAACAUAUUUGGCAUCUACCUAAUAUGCCACUGGAACGCGUGCUUCCAAUUCAUGUUGGCUACUUGGUUGGACUAUCCGCCUAACAGCUGGGUCACCCUAGCGGGCCUAGUGGAUAAACCAAUUAGUGUCCAGUACACAAGGGCCAUGUUUCGCUCACUUUGUCAUAUGAUGACACUUAACUAUGGCUCAGGAAUUCCAAAAGGGAUAUCAGAGCAGUGGAUGAUGAUAACGAGCAUAACGGUCGGUUCUGUUUUAUAUGCUCUGGUUCUGGCCAAAAUCACAUCCCUCCAGGCCACCUUCAACACCAGUCAGCGGGCCUAUGAGGAUAGGCACAACGAACUCAAGGUGUAUAUAAGACACAAACAGGUGGGGGGUACCAUAGUCACUCGUGUGUUUGGUCAUAUGGAGAACUGUUACCAGGGCAAGUGGUUUGAUGAGAAGGCCAUCCUAGAUGAACUCUCUGAGCCGCUGAAACUGGCUGUGAUGCAGCACGUUUGCGGGGAUCUGCUGAGAAAUGCCUUUGGAAAUGCAGACUCACUGUUUCUGUCCAAGCUGCUACUGGUGGUUGAGUUUGAGAGCUACCAAAUGGGAGAUGUGAUCAUACGGCCAGGGAUUACAGCAGACUAUAUGUACUUCAUCGACAAGGGCACCAUAAUGGUGGAGGAUGCUGGUGUCCAGCACACGCUAAUAGAUGGAGACUUUUUUGGAGAGAUAGCGCUGGUAAAGUUCUCCAAACAUUACAUCAAGGUAUGGAAUUUGAGUCCGUCCCGCUUGGUUUGUCUGUCGUGCCAGGCCUACCACACCGUGCUGCAGGAUUUCCCUGAGCUGCAGGGCAAGCAGCUCAGCAGGCGGUCUCUCGCUCCCCAACGUGGUGGUAGGACAUGAGACUUUGGACAAUUAUGUUUGUUUUUGAGGCGGAAUACUAUGAUCAGCCUACAAUUCAUCCAGAAUCUGCCCACUGCACACAAUAUGUCUGUACUGAGAAAAGAUCAAAGGAACGAUGUAACAACCUUAGCACACAUUCCAAACCAUUCCAUGAUGAUUUCUGUGGCCUUUUAUACAUUUCAUCAGUCUGACUUGGUAACAAUGUGGUAAAAUGACAGCAGUUUUUUUUAGGUAUAGGACUUUGGCCAUGCCAUGAGUUAGACAUUGUAGUAGACAGUUAGAGCUUUGUUUGGGCAUGCAAUCAAUGCCUAGGCAGCGCAAUCUUUUUAAACUGUUGUCUCUCUAGUAACAAAAUGUUAAAUGUACCGUUUUCAUUC